CUCUUAAACAGGCCCUUGCUAUGGAGACGCAGGUUCUUAAAGGGGCCGCGUCCCGUUGGUGUUAAAGGGGGGGGUGCAUGAGGCUGAAUGGGUCCUGCUGGGAGCAGGUGAAGAUCCAGGGGCAGAACAAGGAGAUGCUGGCGGCCGCUUGCCAGAUGUUCCUGGGCAAGUCAGAGGCUGAGAUCGCCCAGAUCGCCCUGGAGACCCUGGAGGGCCAUCAGCGAGCCAUCAUGGCCCACAUGACAGUGGAGGAGAUAUAUAAGGACCGGCAGAAGUUCUCGGAGCAGGUUUUCAAUGUGGCUUCAUCCGACCUGGUCAAUAUGGGCAUCAGUGUGGUCAGCUAUACCCUAAAGGACAUCCAUGAUGACCAGGACUACCUGCACUCCCUGGGCAAGGGCCGCACGGCUCAAGUGCAGCGCGACGCCCGCGUGGGAGAGGCUGAGGCCAAGCGGGACGCUGGGAUCCGGGAAGCCCGUGCCCGGCAGGAGCAGGUCUCGGCGCAGCUGCUCAGUGAGGCGGCCAUGGCUCGUGCCCAGAGGGACUUUGAGCUGCAGCAGGCUCAGUGUGAUGCUGCUGUCAGCGCCCGCAAGGCCACAGCUGACCUGGCCUAUGAGCUGCAGGUAGCGAAGACGAAGCAGCAGAUUGAGGAGCAGCGGGCGCAGGUGCUGGUGGUGGAGCGAGCACAGAGGGCACAGCUGCAGGAGCAUGAGAUCGGCCGUCGGGAGCUGGAGCUGGAGGCCACGGUCCGUAAACCGGCCGAGGCUGAGCGGUACCGGCUGGAGCGCCUGGCUGAGGCGCAGAGGUCCCAGCUGAUCCUGCAGGCAGAAGCAGAGGCCGAGGCCAUGAGGGUGACAGGGGCAGCCAAAGCAGCCGCUGUGGCCGCCAGGGCCAGGGCAGAAGCAGCACAAGCAGCAGCCAAGGCUGAAGCCUUUGGGCAGUACCAGGAUGCGGCCGUGGUGGAGAUGGUGCUGCAGAGGCUGCCACAGGCGGCCGAGGCUGUGGCACAGCCGCUGCUGGGUACACGCCGGGUGACGCUGGUUGCCGGUGCCACCGGAGCUGUGGGUGUCUCUCGCCUGCCUGGGGAGGUCCUGGACGUCGUCACCCGUCUGCCCAGCGCCAUCGAGGCCCUGACUGGUGUCAGCAUCACCCAGGGCAGCCAGAAGAAGAGCGAGUGCCAGGGGUGAGGUGGGGGCACCAGCCCCUUGGAGCCAUUGACCCCAUGGGGACACCAACCCCGUGUCCCUAUAGUGCCUACAGCCCCCCUGGAGCCCAUUGUCCCUAUGGGGCCACCAACCUCAUGAGCACUGUCCCUAUGGUGUGUACAGCCCCCCUGGAGCCCAUUGUCCCCAUGGGGCCACUGACCCAAAGCCCAUGUCCCUGUGGUGCCACCAACCCCGUGAGCCUUGUCCCCAUGGUGCCAUGAACCCCAAACCCAUGUCCCCAUGGUGCCAUCGACCCCAUGGAGCCCAUUGUCCCCAUGGUGCCAUCAA